AUGUCGUCUAUGCGAAAUGCCGUCCAACGGCGCAACCACAAGGAGCGUGGCCAGGUCCAAGGCCGUGAGAAAUGGGGUCUCCUCGAAAAGCACAAGGACUACUCUCUCCGUGCCAAAGAUUACAAUGCGAAGAAGGCUCAGCUGAAGCGCCUCGAGGAGAAGGCGAAGGAUCGCAACCCCGAUGAGUUCGCCUUCGGUAUGAUGGGUGAUAAGAACCGAACCCAAGGCCGACAUGGACGCGGUGCAGGCACCGGACGAGACUCUGCCGCGGCGCGGGGACUGAGCCACGAAGCCAUCAAGCUGCUCAAGACGCAAGAUAAAGGAUACCUCCGAACCGUUGGAGAGCGGUUGCGCCGUGAGAUCGAGCGCCUGGAGCGCGAUAUUGAGUUGCAAAACGGCUUGAAAAAAUCUCUCGGAGAGAAGGGCGGAGACAAGGAUGAAAGCGAGGACGACGAUGGCUUUGACGACGACUUUGACGAUUUCGAUUUUGGUGCCCCGGUGCAACCCAAGCCGAACAGAACCGUAUUCGCCGACGACCGACAAGAUCAACUGGCAAUGAAGAGACAGCGUUUACAAAAGGACCAAUCUCCUAGUGAUGACGAAGACCAACCCACUAAGGCCCGCAAGACCCCGAAGGAGCUGGAGGCCGAACGAAAGGCCCUCGUGGAGGCUCGACGGGCUCGCAAGACCCGCAAGCGCGCUGUCGAGGCUCGCUCAAACAAACUGACUGCGCUGCGCAAGCAACAUUCAGAGAUUCAGGCUGCCGAACAAGAGCUUGAUUUGCAGCGGGCAAAGAUGGGAAAUUCUGUCGGAGGCACAAACAAGGAUGGAAUCAAGUGGAAGAUUCGUGAGCGCAAGCGUUAA